UACUUGUUUUUUAUUUAUAUAUUAUUUCAGAUGUUAUGUUUACACUUCGUGGAGCACUGUCGCAGUUAUGUACACAUCGUGCCGCUAGAACCGGUUUUUGUGUACUCACAAAUGCGGGAAACUACAGAUUUUUAGUAAGAGUGAAUGAUGUAGCAGAGCAAAGCCAAAGAUCAAUUUCUGGCAGAAAAUAUUCAAAUUCUUUCAAAACGAACUUCAAACCGAAUGUUAAAUCGACCGCCGAUUUAGCAAAAUCGUCCAAGACGACUAAUGCUAAAUUUAACCUGAGCCCAGAGGAUGAGAAGAUAUUGAGUGAUGUAUUUAGGGAUCGGUUUAGUAGAGAUCGGUUUAUACUAAGUGAAGAAUGGGCGGAAAUCAAGAGCAGCGUAAUCGGUCUACCUUUUGCUCCAGGUCGGUUAGUAAGCAAUAUAAACGUGAACAAUGCUAUACUCAAGUACUGUGGACAGAUGGACAGAAUUAUCAUCAUCAAAUCUUUUAGUGAAUACCUGGAAAAACUGGGAAAUCAAUCUUUGUAUAUUUUUCCUCUUCUCCAGGCGAUAGUUAAUACUGGUGAUAUUAAGGGUGAAGAUGGCUUUGUAUCGGAAGUAUCGAACAAAAUUUUAGAGGUUGGAUUUGAUAACUCAAUCUCGGAGCAUUAUUGGGCAGCUCUUCGGGCAUUAAUCAAAACCCAGUAUUGGAGGAAGGGACUGGAGCUAGCUAGAACUACGGGUUGGGAAGGAUAUAAUGAUAACCGUCAUGACAGUCAUCAACCCAGUGUUCAAACCUUUACCGACCUUGCAGUGAAAGCUUUAGAACAGGGAGAAGAGGAACUGAUGUGGGAUAUUAUGAAGGAAUCUCUGUUCCAUGGGAACGAUAUGCCGCUACGGUAUCCUGAAGCUGGAGGACAUAAAAUUCGAGAGACUCUGUACAAUAAAUGGAUCGAGCAUUGUGCAAGUUUAGAGAAUCCUAAGCUUGGAUUAGAGAAAUUAUUCAAUUAUUUCCAACAGUUUGAUGUUCAUCCUACACCCUCUACUUGUAGGAAACUUCAGGAAGUGUACAGCGGUUUACCGGAUUCAAGACUUUCUAACACCCAACUAGAUCACUAUAAAGGAUCAUGUUUCUGUUGUGAUACUGUUCUGGAUCCUAGUUCUGUUACAGCUGACGAGCUUAAACAUCUCAACCAAUCUAUCCUUCACCAUCUCCUCAAAAGAAAGGUCCGUGUAGCUUCUACUUCAAAACUGGUUUUUAUUUUGUCAUUCUUUGGUCCAUGUCAGUUAUUUAAAAUUAACUACAAAGGGCCGGAGCUUUUCGCCAGGGGCGAACGAGAGUAUUUGU